GGAUAGAGCUAAAGACAAAAAAAAAGUCUCGGAUUUGACUCUGAUUCAUUUGGUUUUUCCUUCUCAUAUAUGCCACAACACAGAAGCCACGUUCAUUCAACAAGCUCCCUGUCUCCUCCAAGCAAUCAAACCACAAAAAUAAAGUACUCAAAAUACUAUAGCUUCAGAAAGAAGAGUUUGUUCAUAAAGAAAGAUGAACAUGUCGACUUCUGAAUGUGAAUCGGGCUGGACCAUGUAUUUUGACCAGUCCCAGAAUUCAUGGUCGUAUAUGGGUGUGAAGCAGUAUGGAGAAGAAGAAGAAGAAGCCGAUGAUGAUGGUGGUGACUUGUCUAUGGUUUCUGAUGCAUCAUCUGGACCUAGACAGAAGUUUGAUGAAGAUGAUCAAGAGAAAGUAUAUGGAGAGAGGAAGAAGACAAGAUCAAAGAAAGAGAAAAGGUUUAAUGAUAUUGAUGAUACUGCUAGUUCUCCUGUUUUCACCUCCUCCUCCAAGAAUAAAUCUGGAUUGUUGAAGAAAGCACCGUCGGUUGGUGAGAAAUGUGCAUCAAUCAAACAAGGGGCGGAUAAUGAAGUGACAAUGAAAAAAGGUCGUGAAUGUGGUGCUCAAGGCUCAAGAGAAUUGGGAUCGACGAAUGUAAUAGCAAGACAACUUAAUUUAAAAUACUAGGACAAGGGGUGUCCUUGGCUUUCCAAAGAUAUUGAUUUGGUUAUUGUUUUUUUUUU